AUGCCUCACCGCUCCAAGCUCACCUUUAACAUCAACGCGACCUACUUCCUGGUUGGCUGUCUCGGCGGUGUAGGCCGCUGUCUAACAGCUUGGAUGAUUAAGCGUGGUGCCAGACGAUUUGCCUUCAUGUCCAGACCCGGCCUCGGUAACAAACAGACGGCGUCCUGGAUUCACGGUCUGAAGGCCAGGGGCAUUGCGUGUCAGAUCAGUAAGGGUGACGCAUCCAAUACGAGCGAUAUCGAUGUAGCUAUUCGUAGUAUUCCUUCCGAGUGCCCCGUAAAGGGCGUGAUCCAUGCUGCUAUAAUUUUGCGGGCAAGUUUUGUUCAUGUUCCAAUAAUGCACACAAAAAAACACGGACUUUUCCACACCAUGUCUAUAGAUGACUGGCAGACAUCUAUUGCACCCAAGGCGCUCGCCGCUAUGAACUUAGACCAAGCCUUCGCAGAGAUCGAUAUAGACUUUUUCGUUUUCACCAGUUCUACCUCUGGCAUCCUGGGUACUCCCGGUCAAGCCAACUACGCGGCCGGGAACAGCUUCCUCGACAACCUAGCAAGAAACCGCAUGGCUAGAGGCCAGCGCGCCGUCUCUCUCGUCCAUCCCAUGGUACAGAGCGUCGGUGUGGUGGCCGAGAAUCCCGAGAUUGAGGCUGCGCUACGACGCAAGGGCAUCUACGGUUUUAACGAGACGCACCUCCUCGAGGCUCUCGAGGCCGCCAUCGCCACGCAGGCCACCACGACGCCGGCUGACCAUAUUGUUGUCGGCAUGGACCCCAGCAAACUUAAGAACUCACUUUCGAGAAGCGACGUUACUGACAGCUUCUGGAUAGAGGAUGCGCGCUUCAAGGCUAUGCUACAGGCUAUCGACUCUAGCGGGUCGUCUGAUCACGGCAGCAGCGGCUUCACCAUUCUCAAAGCCAUCCAAGAGGCCAGUUCGCUGCAGGUUAGUGUUGGCCUAGUCUCGGAGCACUUCACCACCAAGCUAUGCCGCUUGUUGAUGCUCGAACCAGAUGUCUUUGAGCCCGAGGUCCUUCCUAUAGUUGAAUAUGGCCCGGAUAGCAUGAUCGGCGCUGAGCUGCGUAACUGGAUUUUUAAGGAGUACGGCUUGGAUAUUCCAUUACAGCAGCUUUUUGAGCUAAAUAUGACAAUUACCAAAUUUCCUACUAUUAUUUGCAAUUACUACAAGUAA